CGGGGCAUGUCGCGGCUCCACUCUGACAUAUGUUGUGGCGUUUCCAGAAUUGACGGCUUCGCUCAACCUCAUCAUCCAUCCAUUAUCACUUCGCACAGUUCCCACCUCAAUACUCAGACAUUCUCAUUAUCUCCUCCAACCAUAUUCUAUAGCGAUUGUUUCUAUCACUCGGAGGGUUCCUCCAGGAACAAUAAUCCAUUCCAUCCACCUUCCCAUCUUGUCGGCAGCUUAUGCCGGUAAUAUAUACAUGCCGAGAUCAGUUACUUUAUUCCUCUCAGAAUAAUUACCAAGACCGCCAACAUCUCGCUUGCAUCUCUACCUUGCAGCUUUGCUUGUCGUUUCCACGUUAUUGUUAUCAAGAUGGUUGUCGAUAGCAGUCGGCAUGAAUGAAGCUAUCCAGGAUUGAUUGGCUUUCAACCCCGCAUCUCCUACCGGCACCAGGGGCAAGCUCCUCUGCCGCAAUUUAUAUGUCGUCAUUAUUAUUGGUAACAAGGGGAAAAUUGAUGACAAGCAAGGUACCUCUGCUACUUCAUUCGAAGAGCUCGGUAGCUUAUCUUUGAUUUGCCUAGGUUGGUGAUGGAGAUCGUCCAGGGCAUACCAAACUGGAUGAGGAAGCUCGUUGAAGAUGCCAGGAACAAUAUAAAGCCGACCACCUCCGGUGCGGACAUUGCACCUCAGUCUGAGAAGGAAAGUUUUCUAGGUAGGGAGGACUCAUAUGUGCUGAGGGUAGAAGAGCUUGCGGUUGUUAAUUUGUACAAUUGGACUGCCAUGUCUUUCAAAUUGCUUGUUGUGAUCGCUCUGCUGUGUCUCAGUAAGGUGGGAUGGUCAGCUCCAAGACUUCACACUCAAUCUCCUUCUUAUCCAGAUCUCAUCGAUGUCGGAGCUGAGGAGCUCAUCGCCGGAUUGGAGAGCGGUGCCUGGACGAGUGUCGACCUGACAAAGGCAUACCUUCUACGUAUUCAAGAAGUUGAUGAUAUUUUGCAAGCUGUGAUUGAACUCAACCCAGAUGUUCUCUCCAUUGCCGAAAGCCUCGAUGCAGAGAGAGCCAAUGGAACAAUCAGGAGCGCUUUGCAUGGUAUCCCAAUGCUAAUCAAGAAUAACAUCGCGACACAUGACCAGAUGAACAACACAGCUGGCUCAUAUGCUUUGCUUGGAGCCAAGGUUCCCCGUGAUGCCACUGUUGCUGCCAAGUUACGCGCAGCUGGUGUGAUCCUGCUUGGAAAGAGUAACCUCAGCCAAUGGGCUAAUUUCCGGAGCUCGAAUAGUUCCAGUGGUUGGUCGGCGUAUGGAAACCAAACCACUUCUGCAUAUUUUCCAAACGGAGACCCAAGUGGAAGUUCGUCUGGAAGUGGUGUCGGAACUUCAAUUGGACUCGCAUGGGCAUCUUUGGGAACAGAGACCGAUGGAAGUAUCUUGAGUCCAUCCAGUGUCAAUAACUUGGUUGGGAUCAAGCCAUCGGUUGGACUGACUUCCAGAUCGCUGGUUAUUCCAAUUUCUUCUCAUCAAGAUACAGUUGGUCCAAUGGCUCGAAGCGUUUCUGAUGCGGCGUACAUCCUUUCAAUCAUCGCUGGCAAAGAUGCAUCCGACAACUACACACUUGCUCAGCCAUGGGAUACUCCUCCAGACUAUACCAAGUCUUUGAACUUCUCCAGUCUUCGAGGAGCUCGAAUCGGAGUGCCAAGAAAGGUCAUCGCUUCAUAUCAAGAUAACAGCAGUCUCCCGAUGAUAUCGGCAUUCAAUGCUGCUGUCAAAGUGAUAGAAAAAGCAGGUGCUACGAUUGUCGAAAAUGCAGACUAUCCAGCUUGGGAAGGCUAUCUCAGAGAUGACAACGAAACUCUGGUGCUGGAAGCAGACUUCAUCAGUGAUCUUGCAGCCUACUUGGCUCAGCUUGAAACCAAUCCAAACAACGUGACGAGCUUAGCCGAUAUCCGGAACUUCACACAAAGUUUCCAGCUAGAGUCAUACCCAACUAGAGACACUGCUAUUUGGGACGAUGCUUUGUCGUUGGGAUACAAUAACUCAGACUACCAGUUCUGGCAAGCGUACCAAGCUAGUUAUUACUAUGGAGCAGAGGGUGGAGUCUUGGGCGCACUGGACAAGUACAAUCUCGAUGCAUUAAUCUUGCCGACAGACUUUGCAUCUGGCCCUCCAGCAAGAGCGGGUUUGCCUGUUGUCACAGUACCGCUAGGUUCAUACCCGGCAAACACUACAGUAGUGAAAUCGCGAUACUGGGACCUUGUCCAGGUUGGACCAAACAUUCCAUUCGGGAUCUCCUUCAUAGGUGCCAUGUGGAGCGAAGAAUCUCUCAUAGGAUUUGCCUAUGCUUUCGAGCAAUGCACCCAGGUCCGUUCAAGCAUCAAGCCAUAUAUCUCUCCCACCAUUCAACUUGCAGAUGUUGUCAGUACAUAAGUAUAUUAUUUAGACUGUGCAUAUCACGUUGGCUGCACAUAAUGCGUUGGAUACAAAUCAAGAAGCAUUGACGCAGAUGUAAGGCAGUAUUGAGGAGCUCUGCAGCGAGGCAUCUGGAACUUAUGCAUAAUACCGAUAAUAUAUUUUUCUAUCAGAAAUUUUGUGAGGUUUGCAAGCUCACCGCUCACACCGCUCUCUGACGAGUCUCAAAAACAACAAAGCCCUCGACUCGAUUCUUGGCUCAGCCUCCGGAUCCAGCCUCCGGACCCACCAUGCAGAUCUAGAACUUUGUUUUUACGUGAGAUAUGAGAUAGAAAUGAUAAGUCUACAGUUGCAAUGAAGCGAUCUCCAGAUUG